UAUAUUUUUGCUGAUAUGAGCGACUCAACUGUCACUGUCAUUAAAUAUGUUUAAAAAAAUAGUAAGUAGUAGUGUAAUAGUAUUUAAAUUACGUGGUAAUUAUUGCGCCAGUCAUAUUAUCAAAGCAGUUUUUUCAAAUAUUCCUUCAAAUUAUUCAAAACCACCCGAAAAUUCUGUACAUGUUCCAAUCAACGAUCAACUUGUUGAUGAAAUUUUUAAAUUCAAAGACACCAAUAUCAGCAACUGGAUCAUUGAGAACAAAGUUGACACAUUGUGUUGUCUUUAUAAAAAUUUACCAAUAGAAAACAAGCAGAAUUUUCUUUGGACUCUGGCUCUAAAAUAUGGAGUCGACCAUAAACACAUUUGUCAUCUUGCUGACAAAUUAUUAUGCACAGAGGGAGACAAUUACCAACAAUUGUUGGCUAGAGAAACAACAUUGAAAAAAGCUCUUACUCCUCGGUACCACUGGCUGUUUAUUCUGAUGGGAAGACUAGAAGGCGGAGUAAAAUUUCUCGUUGAUCUCCGCACUGAUGUUCUGGAGUUGCUGUCAGAGUCGGCUGAUACAGAAAAGUCAGCAAUAAUGCAGCAGUUAAAUUUAACUCUGCAUGAUCUAUUGUUACUUUGGUUCAGUGUAGGAUUUUUACAUCUGGAACGAAUAACUUGGCAGAGUUCUUGUGAUAUGUUACAGAAGGUUUCAGAUUACGAAGCGAUACAUCCAAUUAAAAAUUGGGUUGACUUGAAACGGCGAGUUGGUCCUUAUCGUCGUUGUUAUAUAUUUACACAUCCUUCAAUGCCCAGAGAACCUUUGGUUGUUCUUCACACAGCUCUCUGCGACACGAUACCAGAGACUGUUAAAGGUAUUGAAGAAGCUGAAAAACGAAUUGUCGAAAAAACUACAGCUCUGUCAAUACAGGAAAAUGUUAAUCAAAUAAAAGCUGCUGUUUUUUACUCAAUUUCUACUACUCAAAAGGGGCUACAAGGAAUCGAGCUUGGUAAUUAUUUAAUAAAAGAGGUAGCUAAGGAAGUGACACGUGAAUUUCCAAUGAUCGAUCAGCUUUCAAGUUUAUCACCGAUCCCUAAAUUCAGAUUAUGGUUACUCGAUAAUAUUAGACAAGAUGCCACUAAAAUUUUUACUGAAGAUGAAUUGAUGAGGAUAAAAAAUAUUCUAAGUACAAAUAAUAUCACGGAGGGAUUAAAAAAAUUAUUGAAUAAUUGUCUGUGGAUGAAUGAUAAAGAAAUAACUGAUGCACUGAAGGAACCGUUGAUGAGAGCGUGUGCUUGGUAUUUGUACCGAGAGAAACGACGUAAUUAUGCUCUGAAUGCUGUCGCAAACUUUCAUCUACGCAAUGGGGCAGUGAUGUGGCGAGUAAAUUGGAUGGCUGAUCCAUCACCACGUGGUUCCGAUCACAGCUGCGGACUGAUGGUUAAUUACAGAUACUUUUUAAGUGAAACUGAGGACAAUAGUCGUAAUUACAUUGAGGGUAACAAAAUAAAAGCCUCUGAGGGUGUGAUGAGUUCGGUGUUACAAGCAGAUAAAUUAAGAAAUAAAUGUUAAUUUUUUUUUUCUUUUUUUUAUACUAAAAAAAAAUAAAUAAUAAAUUGCAAAUAAAUAAAUAAA